AUGCGCACAGCCCUGAGUGUAGCGGCCGCAACGGGGCUCUUCUCCCUGGCAUCGGCCGCCCCACCCUCGUACAUCGUCGAGCACUUCAAGAACGAGCAUCACAUCGACUCGUUCGAUCUUGGCGCUUUCUUUGCCAUCCACGAUCUCAACAGGGACGGCGUGCUGGACCGCAGUGAGAUUGAGGCAAUCUAUGGCGUUCAUCACUCCCUCUCUGUCAAGCACUCGCCGACGCACGAGAUUCACGACGCCAAGGCGGACGAGAUUGUCAAGACGGUGCUUGCGAGGCUUGACAAGAAUUCGGAUGGACAGAUCACCAAGAGGGAGUUCAUUGAUGGUGGAGAGGAUGGGCUGCCUGACUUCCCACAAUUCGGCAAGGGGGCGCUUGGUCAUCACUACGACGAAGAGUCGGAGUUCUUCAUGCAUCAUGAGGAGAUCUAUCACAACACCCCGGACACACAGAAGCCAGAAGCCUACACUCACAAGGAAGAUCUUGAGCACUUUGCGCACCACGACGCAAUCGAGCGCGAAGAGGAGCAGCGAGAACGCAAAGCAGAAGGCAUGCCCUCAAUUGAAGAAGACGAGCGUCUUCGCAAAGAAGCCGCAGCCCACGGCCACAAGUACGUCUCGCCCUACGAGGCCCAGAUUCCCAAGGAGGGCACCGUUGCCCCUCCUCACGAGCCUUGGAACGCGCACGCUGGCGGUCAUGCUGCUCAUGAAGCCCAAGCGGACACGCAACACCUCUUCCGCGGGCCAUCGGGGGAGCACCUAGUCAAGACUGGGGCUGAGCAGGCAAUCAAUGCUGAGCAGGCGGCCAUGGAGCAUGAUUUGAAGCCGGAGAGGCUCGAGGGUGAGACGGAGGAGGGAUACAGAGACCGACUGGAGACGGCGCGCCAGGCGUAUGAGUUUAGGCAGAGGGAGAAAGCUGCCGUUGUUGAUGCGAAGCGUAGGCCGGGAGAGGGCGAGGAGGAGUACGCGAGGAGACUUGCCAAGGCGAAGUUUGAAGCCGCGAAGGCUAGGCCGGGGAUUGCCAGCCCGCAAGAUAUCGGGAAAAAGGCGGCGCCCAACAAGGUACGUGGAAGCUGCCGAACGACAUUGUCAAAGAGGCGAUGUGCUGACUUUGCCGCUCCUCCUGACCUUGCGCAUAGUACCCUCCCAUCGGCGGCAGCAAGAGGAAGAAGGGUUCCUUCUUUGGCGAGUUCUAAAGCGGUGAUGCGACCUGUGAUCUCUUCAUCCAUCCCACGAUCUGAUUGGCGGCAGAGAAAGUGA